CUUCCAGUCCCCUGCGUCGCCACCUGAAGGGACAGAGCUCCCCGCUUUCCCGGGGCGACGUACAUUUCCCCAAAGGAAGGAGAGAUUUCAUCACCUGCACAAUUUUCUGGAAGCAAACCAAGGCCAGAGGGGGAGUUACCCGAUCUUUGAAGACUCAGCUAAACUGACAUUUAAAAUGCUCUUCAUGGGAGGAUGGAGCUGGACCUACACUUUCAUAAUAAUCUGUUCCCUGACGCUCCAGCUGUCUGCCAGUCAGACCUGCCCCACUGAGAGUCUGGAAGAUGUGGUCAUUGACAUCCAGUCCUCCCUUUCCAGGGGAAUCAGAGGCAAUGAGCCCAUACAUAUGUUAACUCAAGAGGACUGCAUCAAUUCUUGCUGUUUGACAAAAAACAUAUCAGGGGACAGAGCAUGUAACCUGAUGAUCUUCGACACUCGAAAAACAACUAGACAACCCAACUGCUACCUGUUUUUCUGUCCCAGUGAGGAAGCCUGUCCCCUGAAACCAGCAAAGGGACUUAGGAGUUACAGGAUAAUUAGAGAUUUUCCAUCUUUGCGCACAACUGGUUUGCCAAGCCAAACAGUAGCCCAAGAAGAUGCGCUUCCAGGCGGGUCUUCACACCGCCUCCCUCCCUCACCCCCUCCUCGGACAGGGUAUUCCAAGCCGACCGUCUUCUGGGAUUCAUUUUCUCAGAAGUUGGGAUCCUCAGGUCACGUGGAAAAACUACUCAAGAUUGAGCUAGCGAGUCCACAGUUGCCUGUUUAUAAAGACGGGCAUUCUCAGAAGUCACCGUCUUCGUCAGAACCCAGAGGAGCUCAUCUGCUGGCAGAAAAGGUGACAAUGUUUCCCACGACAGUGGCAGAGGCUUCCCUGCACACCCUCUGGACCACUCCCCAGCCCGCAUCUCUCCCCACCCCCAGCUCCGCAGGGACGCCACCUGGGGCGACGCCACCUGGGGCGACCCCCUCCGCGCCACCUGCAGCCACGGUCCCUGGCACGACCACAACUGCCGUUCUGACUUCCACCUUUAGGGCUUUGACCGACUUGAAAGGCCCACUAGAAGCAGGGCCCUUUGGAGACAUUUCCAACCUGCCUCUGAACACGGAGGAUGCCGGGGACCCUGCCCCGUUGCCCUUGUAAGUGGAUCCUUCCGUUCCAGAUGCAACCGCUUCCCAGGAAGAUGGGAAGGCCAGUCCAGGCCGCUUCCUGAGCAGUGUUCUGGGAGGUCAGCACGGCCUUUCACUUGAAAAGUGGCUCCUCGUUGGGACCCUGCUCUUCGGCGUUGUGUUCCUCGCCAUCGGCCUUGUCCUCGUGGGCAGAACGCUCUCAGAAUCCCUCCGCCGGAAACGGUACUCGAGGCUCGAUUAUUUGAUCAAUGGGAUCUACGUUGACAUCUAGGGAGGAAAACGAGAUGUCUCUGAAGUCACAUAGUUACUAGUAGCCCCCGUGCAGGGAGUUUCUGCUGACUUGCUGAUCGUAGCGGGCUUUUUCAAGUAGUUUGAAGACAGGUUGAUGCCUCAGACCACUUUGGUUUUGCUUGUGCUUCGACGAGAAGGGAGUGAGGAAAGAACCAAAUUGGGUAAUGUGAGUGAUCUGUUCUAAAAUAUUAGCAGAAAACAAAGCUGUACCUAAAGCAAUAAAGAAUAAUUGCCACAUAAAUUGGAAAAUGACUGCCUUUUUUACAAGGAAAAAUGGUUAGGACUCCAAGGCUUCCCAUUCGUUAAUAUUUCUGGUUCCAGAUAAAGUCAACUGUUUAGGAUAUUAAUUCUAAUGGAUUUACUUUCCUUUUUACACGAAUUCCAGUGAAAUUUAUUCCAGAUGUAUUUCCUUCCAAUUAAAUAUUUGAAUAAAUCUUUUGUUUCUCA